AUGGGGAUCCCAUCCUCGUCUACUAUGCUGGGCACGGCAGUACUCUCCCGAGACCGACUGGAGAAGGCUACGGUUGUCGGCGUCAUCCCGGACUACACUAUCGGUGCACUUCUGGGUCGCCUUGCUAACGCGAAGGGAGAUAACAUCGUGGGUGGUCAAGUCUCUCCCUUUCUGGAUGCUCGCUUACGCAUGACAAGGAAGACCGUGAUUCUAGAUUGCUGCCAUUCUGGUUCUGGUACGCGCAACCAAGAUGCCGUUCAGCGUAGCAUAUCCUUCGAAUCCAAGGACGGCAAGAAGGACGUCACGAUCAGCGCAUCGUAUCAACGAGAUAUAUGGGCGCCUUCUCUGCGAGGCAUCGCCAGCAUGCCUGAGUUCUCGAACACUGGUCUACGCUCUCAUAUCGUUCUGGCGGCCUGCGGUCCUGAGGAGAGCGCCUUCGAGGAUCGGCGUACCCAUGAGAGUCGCCUUACAGCGGCUCUCCUGCGCGUCCUUCGAGAAGUCGGUCCGGAUACAUUGACUUAUGCCGAACUCAUCAGGCGCAUCGAUUGUAUUCCGUCUCAGACGCCUCGAUGCGAGGGUCAUGGAAUGGAAACCCGGAUACUGUUCAACUCAAGCCUGAGGCAGCGAGGUCGUCCACGCUAUCAAGUAACCGGAUCUGAAUCGUCGUUCACCAUCCUUGCUGGAGAGAUACACGGGGUAACAGAGGGAGACAUAUUCGAUGUGUACAGCAACGAGGGAUCUUCCUCCGCUGAAGACAAGCCCCUUGGUAGCCUGGUCAUCGAGGCUAGAAGCGCCGUGUCUAGCUCGGCAAAGCUUAUCGACGGUUCUGAGGCAUGUAUCCCUCGUACAGGCUGCGUCGCGACAUUGUCCCGCGUGCACAGUCAUGGCGCGUUUCGCGUGUAUGUCGACAUAGACAAAGCCACUGAUGGAGAGCUCAGAAGCCGAGUACUUCGAGUGUUGGUUCAAGCGGCUCUUGUCGGCCAGUCGGCCAGUCCUUCCAGGGCGGCCAUCACCGUAGCAUCGAAGGAAACAGCUCAUAUGUCCGUCACUUCGACCGCUCACGACGCUGUUUCUUUCGGCUUCAUCGACGAGCACGUACGCGCUCUCGGGAUAGAGCGCCUCGGCGGGCCCGUCUUGACCGACGACCUCUCCCUUCGUUACGCUCUGCGCUCGGCCGCCCACUUCUUUCGCUACUUGGGCUCUUCCCCGUUGUCCGCGAACCUCCGUCAAGCUGUCUCGGUGACAAUCUGGGAGCUUCAGGCGCAGCUCGGACGCAGUGCCGCGGGCGCUAUCAUGCAGAUGUGGAGUCCUACUGGCAAGCCUAUCGACGCGAGAAGAUGCGGCGUAGUCCGGCCAUCGUUAUGCCGGAUGGUCAAAUACACGCCACUGAACACCAUGUAUGGUGUAGAAGUUCUCAAUAAAACGAACAGGGACUUGUUUGUGUGGAUGUUCUACUUCGACUGUAGCAUGUUGGAGAUCAUCAACUUUUACUCCCCUCCUCUCACUGCAGGCGCCGGAGAUGCUGACCCGCCGCUGCCCGCCGGUAUGACGAGCUCUCUGCCGUUGAACUUCGGCGACUCGGGCGGAGUGCCGCUCGCGUUCGCUCUGCCACCGGGACAGAGCAGGGACGCGGGUUUCUUGCGUAUCUUCGUCUCGACGCG